AUUCUCUCUGUUCUAGUGAAGGAUUAUUGUGAUUGAUCAUAAUGCCUGAUCCCGCCAAGUCUGCACCAGCGCCCAAGAAAGGCUCCAAGAAAGCCGUGACCAAGACUCAGAAGAAGGAUGGUAAGAAGCGGAGGAAGACCAGGAAGGAAAGCUAUGCCAUCUACGUGUACAAGGUGCUCAAGCAGGUCCACCCUGACACCGGCAUAUCCUCCAAGGCCAUGGGCAUCAUGAACUCCUUUGUCAACGAUAUCUUCGAGCGCAUCGCAGGGGAAGCCUCCCGCCUGGCUCACUACAACAAGCGCUCCACCAUCACCUCCCGGGAGAUCCAGACCGCCGUGCGCCUGCUGCUGCCUGGAGAGCUGGCCAAGCACGCCGUGUCCGAGGGCACCAAGGCAGUCACCAAGUACACCAGCGCCAAGUAACCUGCUCCGCCUCCUGCUGUCACCCCAAAGGCUCUUCUAAGAGCCGCCACAUUGUCUAUAAUAGAGCUGGGGCUUCUAUCUGCUACAAUUAUCUUUAUUUGUGACCGAGUUUAUACCGGUGCAGCCGCUUUAUACUGUAUAUAUUGUGCUGCUCCGGGAUCGCGGUCUGUGAUAUAUAAUCUGACUGCAGGUUACAUCAGUACCGUAUAUAUACGUCAUAUGGUAACGGCAGAAUAAGUAAUUGUGUCUCCUGCACUGACCGGACAUAUAAGUAUCACAGUGGUGAUCGGUAUCGCCGGGAUUCCCGUAGCUUUUCUGCGGUUCCGUUUAGAUGCCGGGACAUCUAUACAAAUCGUGAGAUUCAGGUCCUUGUGUCUCCCGGAAACGAUCAGAUCUCUUAUCAGUUCAGUCCUUUAUACAUAUUCCCACCAUCAGAUCUGAUCGCGAACAGACUGGGCAGGAAACAAUCGAUCAGACACA